AUGAAGUUUGAUUUAGAUAAGUUGAUUUCAAAAGAGGAUAUCUCAUAUGAAGAGUCAAUUUCAAGAGAACCACACAAUAUAUCAACAUGGUUAUCCUAUUAUAACUUCAAAAUAAAUGCCCUGUUUGAUAAUCGAUUAUUUAUACUAUAUCGUGCAGUUAGUGUCGUACCUGAUUCGAAAGAAUUAUGGAAGAAUCUACUCGAAUUGAUUUUACAAGAAGGUCAUGAUAUUCAUCCUAAUAGUAUUAAAAAAAUAUUUGAAAACUGUUUAAUUCAUCUUCGGAAAGACAAGUCUAUAUGGAUUGAAUAUUUACGAUACUUGGAAUCACAACAACAAUCUUAUGAUAUCACCAAAAUUAGAAGAAAAUUCAAUGAAUGUUUACAGAACUUACCAAUACAAGAACAUAGAGACAUUUGGCCAAUGUAUUUAGAAUUUGCCGAAAAAGUAGGUGGAUUAACUGGAGCAAAAAUAUAUUUGAAAUAUAUGGAAUAUUUAGAUCCAUCGGUAAUCAAGGGAGAAAUAUCAGGAGAAAUGAAUUUAAUUGAAAUUAUUGAAAAGAUUAGAGAAUUUGGUGAUAUACAAGAAUCAAGGAAAUUAUAUCAAAAAAUACUUGAUAAUCCUAAUGAGUAUCUGAAUUUACCUAAUUCUAUUGUUCAAAGUAUUUUUGAAUAUGUUGAUAUUUUAAUAAAAGAACCACCUAGAGAUGAUGCUUUUGAAGAUGUUAUUGAACGAUUCAUGAUUGAUUAUCCUGAUCAAUUAGGAAAAUUAUAUAUUAAAUUGAUUGAGUUUUUCAAAAAGCGUAAUAACAUUGCAAAAAUUAGACAUUAUUACAACAAGGGUAUAAAACAGUGCAAGACAUUGUCAGAUUUUGUUUUGAUUUAUGAUAGUUAUCUUGAAUUUGAAGAGGAUCAAUUGAUUAAAUUAGCUGAAAAGGAUCCCGAACUGAACUUAUUGCUGUAUUUCAUGGAUGAAUUCGAAGAAUUAAUUAACAAUCGAAAGAUGCUAAUUAAUGAUACUUUAUUACGACAGAAUAUAAAUGAUUUAGAUGCAUGGUUUGCUCGAUUUGAUUUAGUUAAAGAUGACUUGAAUAAAUUAAUUCAAACAUUAACUGAAGCUAUUCGAUCAAUUAAUCCCUUAAAAGUGACAAGUGUGAAGGAUCAUAAAUUGUGUCAAGUUUGGCAGAAAUAUAUUGAUAUUUAUGCUAGUAGACAAGAUUUCAAAACGUCAAAUUUGAUCUACUCUAAAGCUGUAUUAUCACAAUUUAAACAUCCUGAUGAAUUGGCAGAUUUAUAUAUUUCUUGGUGUGAGAUGUUACUUGGAUGUGAAGAAUUUCCAGAAAAUCAAGCUCUUGAAAUCUUACAAGAUGUAUUGAAUAAAGAAUAUGAUGAGAAUAACAAAACUGUACAAAACAAGGUUAUCAAAUCCAGGAAAUUACGAGAAUUUUAUGAUGAUUUAAUAGAAUCUUUUAAGUUAUAG